AUGUCAGGCAUAGAAAGAGGACCUGGAACUUUUGCGUCUGUGAGGCAUUUCCUUGGUCGACUAGCUCACCACAUUAGGGCGUCUGAAGAGCUAGUCGAAGCCGCCAUAGACGUGAGCCACAUGGUCCAAACCUUCGAUGUUCGCGUCGUCAACUACACAACACCGGUACCUGCUCCAGAACCUGACGGACACACCAACCUUCAUGAUAUUCUUAAUCGCAUGUUACCAAAAGCUUCGAAUGAAAGUCUCAUCAUCGAACGCGGACUUUCCGAUUUCAACGCUGUGAAAGGGAUUUUCUGA